AACGCCCCGCACAGUCACGGUGCCGUGCCCAGCCAUCGCGCUGUGCCCCUCGCGGGCCGACCUGCUGCCCCGGGCCGCCGCGCGCCACCACGUCUACCGCCAGCUGAUGUGACGAGGAUGAGCGCGACAUCGCUCGGGAGCAGCCGGGAGAUGUCGCAGUCGCCGGAGCGCGGUGACGAGGCGGCGACGGCGGUCGACCUGAACCUCGUCUGGCAGCUGUGCUCGUCUGUGGAGCAGAGUGUCCCACAACUGUACACUAACCUAGGGCUGCUGGCGCCGGGGGAGGUGACGGCGACGUGCGAGCACCUGCUGGAGCUGCUGUGCGUGGGCACGCUGCCCCAGCACGGCCUCGUGCUGGCGGCGACCGCGCUCUGCACGGCCCUCACGGCAGUGUCGGGCCCGCCCGCGGCCGCCUGCCUGCUGGGCCACUGCCUCGCUGUCCCGGAGACCCGGGCGAGCCUUGCCCUCGACGUGGGCCCGCGGUCGCUCCGGCGCCCCGUCGCGCGCCCCGACAGCUUCAAGACGGCGCUGUGCCACGGGGUCCUGCACAGCAGGGCCUGCGCAGACCUGCUCCGGGCCUCCCACGGGUCAGCGCUGGCCCGCGCCGUCUUCGACCACCUCCGGAGGCACUGUGCGUCCUACUCCCGGUUCACGCACUCUGCGUUCCGGCUGAUGGAGGCGUGGCUGCACCAGGCGGCACGGCCGGAGAGCGGCACGGUCCACGCCGUCUUCUCGCUGGUGAGCGCCAACUGGGAGAACCCCGUGAACGGCGUGCGCGCGCUGAACUCGCGGCUGCUGCGAGCGCUCCUCGACGUGUGCGAGCGCGGCAACUACGUCCUGGACGAGCCGUGCCGCGUCCCUCUAACUGCCGCGGCGCUGCUGGAGGUGGCCGUGCGGGAGCUGCCAUGGCACGUGAAGAGCAAGUACUACAUCCUGGAAGUCGUGCUGCGCAAGUACGGUGCCAGGAAGGCUCUACUGCAGUGGCCGUGCCUGGUGGAGGGACUGUGCUGCAGCCUGGCUGACACGGCGCUGGUGUCCGCCGGCACGCUCGUGUACAGGGCGUGUCUCGACGACAUGAGCGAGCACGACUGGCUGCGUCACUUCUUGGGGCCAGUCCAGGGAGUCAUGACUGCUGCUGGCCCCAGCGUUAGUGUGCAACAGCAGAACCUGUUUGGUUACUGGAUCCUGCCCACUUUGAAGAAAUUCCCUUCUCUCCUGGUGGAUCUGUUGAGCCACUUGACUGCAGACCCGACCUUCGUCCACGGCCCAGCCGCUCUGUUUGCGGUGGUCGCGCUGCUGCGAGUGGGCCAGAAGGAAGGGGCCAGGCUGGCCGCCGCAGACCUCGGCUCCGUGGACAUGGAGCGAGUCCUGGGCACGGCUCUGGGGCACGGCGACCCCGUGGUCAGGAGCGAGGGUGUCGGCUUGCUGUGCGCGUCCCUGGGGACCGCUGUGCUGCGCAGCGACAGAGUGUGCGACCUGCUGAGCGUGUACUUGGUGGGUGACAGCAGCACGGACAACCCCCAGCUGAGGCAGUGCAUCGUGAACUCCUUCAUCUCGUUCCUGCUGAGGCUGAGGGAGUGCUGCGCGCAGGAGCUGAAGACGCAGUCCUCGGCAGACCUCGACGUGACCGCGAGCGAGACUCCCCGGGGGGCGAGGAGCUCCGUGCAGUCGAGUUUAUCUCAGCGUUUCCCCGACGUGACUGGCCGAGGGAUCCUGGAGUUGUCUUUGUGCUUCUUCCACUGGCUUCGUGACUUCAUAGUUGGCAAUCUGGAGCCGGGCUGCAACUACCAGAGGAAGACGCUCUCGCUGCAGCUCCUGAAGAGUGUGCUGCUGUACGUGGUGAGGCCCGACUGCCUGUCUCGUGAGCGUGGGGCGUACCAGCAGAAGAAGAGCAACAACCAGGCGUGCAGUGGUGCGAGACUGCUGGCGUUCCUUGCCGAGAACAAGAGCCCGCUCUUCGACUGUGACGAGAUGCGAAGCAGUUUGCUGAAGUGCAUACUGGACGAGACGGAUGACAUCAGGGUGAUGGCCGGGGAUGUACUGACAAGGUUCUUCAGCCUGUCGGCGGGAGACGACCGGGAGGAAAGGAGCCUCUUCAGAAUGGGGAUGAACUUGUGCAAGGGCUCAAUGUUCUACACGGCGGAGAGUGGAGCGCUGCUGCUACAGGUCGUGGUGGCGUGGCUUGACGCGGGGGCUCCGGAGAGAGCAGCGGGGCUGGUGUCGGAGUUCCUGGAGCACGGCUACGAGGAGUGGUGCGAGCCGGGAGAUGGCAGUGGCACGGCAGUGGCCUCCCGGCCCACCACGGUGGCCGGUCUGCUGCUGCUGUGCGCGGAGCAGCAGGGGUCGUGCCUGCGGCGGGACCUGGCCACAGCGGCGAUGCACGGCGCCCCCUUGCACGGCCUCCUCGCGACCCUCGCCGUGCUGGUGUCGCGCCUGACGCCCCAGGAGGUGGACCGCCUGGUGUCCCUGGCAGAGAUGAGCGUGGAUCACCUGCUGGGAGCUCUGUCCGGAAAGUCUGCCUCCGACACAGGAACGUCUCCGUCGUUUGCGGAGAUGAUGGCUGCGAUAGAGGAGCAGAUCGCGAGCUCGACGGAAGACUGCCUGCACAUCUCUGCCGCGCACCAGACGGUUCUCUCCUGCAUUUGGCUCAACCUCAAGGCGUGCUGCGAUGUGGCCAGCGCCGUGGCGGGGCUGGGCAGCGAGCGCCAGGCUGCGUGCUGUGCCCGGCUGGUGGUGGGCGUGCUGGCGCGCUGCAGGCACAAGGGAGCCAUGGAGGCGGCAGGCCGGGCGCUGGGCUGCCUGGUCGCGGGGGCCACCUCCCGGGGCGACGCGGCCAGCGAGGUCGUCUUGGAGGAGUUCCUGGGGCACCUGAAGGGCAGCGCGGGGUCCGUGACGCGCAGGUCCGCCGGGCUGGCCGUGCUCGUGCACCGACUGGCUGUCGGGGACCGGCUACCCGACAAGAGCUUGCUGCGCCGUGCGCUGGCCGAGGUUAUGGGCGCGGCGACCGGCCCGGUGGCCGUGUCUGGCCCGGAGCACCAGGAAUGCCCCGAGGCGCGCGCCCUCCAUCUGCUGCGACCCCUCGUGCUGGACGCCUCCCUGUGGCAGCACCUGGCGCCUCACGCGCCUGCCAUGGCACGGCUCUGCCUCGCACGCCUCGCCUGCCCGCGCUGGCCCGUCAGGAAUGCAGCUCUACUUCUCUUCGGGGCGCUGAUUCCCAAAGUGGUUGGUAAGACUGGCGGCGCAGUGGAGGACUUCUUGUGCCACUACCCGGAGCUCACGGACACGCUGCUCCAGCAGCUCAGGUCGGCCGCGACGUCGCGGGAUGCCCCGGGCUCUCACGUCAUGCCCGCCCUCUCGCUGCUCAGCCGGCUGUCGUUCGCGACGGAGUCCCUGGCGGACGCUCGCGUCCACGCCACCGUGCUCCAGUUCCAGCGCUGCUAUGCACGACUCCUCUCGCACAGAGACCACGCGGUGCGCCGGCUGUCUGCGCAGGCGUACGCUGGCAUGGUGCCUCACUCCAGAGUGCGGUCUGCCGCAGAGGGUGUAUUCAGCUCCAUCAGGCGGCUGGGCUGUGGCGGCAAGCACCGCUUGCUGCAGAACGAGCUGCACGGGAUGAUAAUGCUGGCCAGGUGUUUAACCGAGCGGUACCAAGAUGGCAGCAGAGCCAUGCCUCAAGAAGAGCAACUCUUGCUAGAUCUGAAUGCCAUUUCCAACUUGCCGUACCUAUCUUGGUAUAACAAGAUGUUGAUGCUCGACUUUGGCAAAGAAAUACAAGAAAAUAUACUUUUGGCCAGAGGAAACGAGAGCUACAAAAUAAACACUCUGGAGGCGCAGACCGUGGCAGAGGAUGCGCCUUGUGUUGUGAAGGACGUGUUUGAAGAGCUCUCAAUCCUGACGUGCAGCCCAGACGAGCUGCCACAGCUGUGCUGCGAGAAACUGCGCGGAGAGCCGGGCCCCAGCAGCUCGUGGUUCGCAGCCCUCGGGCGGCGACUGCAGAACGGUCGGCUUGCAAGGGCCGUCAGAACCAGUGUUGUGUGCUCGCUGCUGUUGGCCAUCUCCGUCGAUUACAGCGCUCCGUCGAUUAUGUCUCACGUGCUGGCCGUGUUGUUCUCCGUGCUGGAGGACGACGACGUAGACCACCUUCGCCUGUCCCAGAACGAGAGCUUCGCUCAUCUCGUUUCCGUACUGGAGACGGAGUGGCCGGCGCUCAGACGGUGCAGUACCGUGGCGGUGGCGGUCAUGGCGAGUCUCGUGUCGAUACAGCUGGAGGUGUGUGCAUGCCCGGAGAGUGCGGCACGCCUAAUGUCCACGGUCCUGAAGUGUGUCGACGAGGAUGGCCGGGAGGUGAAGCAAGAGGACUCCCGUCUGUAUGCCGCCAUCUCGCUGCAGACCUUGACUCCUUCGCUGAGGCGUCUUGUUGACUGCGGCCACGCUGCAGUGGGGAGAGCGUUCUUGAGAACGGCUCUGACGCUGCUGCAGGACGAGAGCAGCUCUGUGCGGGACACGGCGGCAGCGAGCGUGCUCCGGUUCAGGCCGGAGAGUUUCUGCACGGGGCACGCGCGUCCGUACCACUGUAUGCGAGAGCUCGUCAGUGUCGGUUGUUUAGAAAAGCUGCUGCCUUUGGAGGAAGCAUUUGACUAUUUCAUGAGUAUGUUUUCAUGCUCUGAAGAUGUCAAAUGGGUGUGUAGUGUUUGGGAAGGUGGAAGUCGGUCGAGUCCAUUCGACCACGGAGAGAGUAACAUUUACAAAGAAGAGUGUAAAACAAUAGAAAUGAUAUACUCUAGUAUAGUAGACAUACUGCAUGCUAAACAAGCUCCAAGAGAUUCCAAGUGGAUGAGCAAUGUUGUGAAAGAAACAUUGCUAUCAUUGGAACAACAUAUCAACACAAUGUUUCAUGCACUGUCCAUAACUGCUGAAGACCUCACCAAGCUGUCAAUAUGCUAUGUAAAGCUUCAUUUGAUUCUGAAGAAACUGAACUACCAGCUGCUGCUCGUGAGGCAGAUAGAAGAGAUCUCAACUUGCACACGAGAGGAGCGUGGGAAAACCACUGUGUGUUGCGACUUGCUGCACAGCCUCCAGAGAAGGCUGAAGUUGGCAGUCAUGCCAGAGCAGUGCCAACCAGUGGCUACGUGCCAUCAGUCAGCAUGACUCAUCUCACUCACCAGAGACGACCACGGCAAUGGGAACUGUCAGCAGGGUGUGCAGCUCUAAACAGUGCUUGCAUUGGUUGUGUCGUGUGUCUCAAUAGUGGUAACCAGAAUUCACCACUUUGAGAAUGUCGAAUAACAUAUUUACAACAAGAUGAUGAUGAUGAUGAUGCAUAUAUGUCACUAGAACCUAAUGCUUCUUGCUGCUGCGUAUAUACAUGUAACCUUUAUAAGAAUGUGUAAUGGCAUUCUCAAACUCACAUUUGUUUUGUUUUUUUUAAUUUUAUGUUGAAACUAUUAAAUGACUAACUUGCUAUCA